GCUGAAAUAUGCAUAUAACUAGAUGUUCGAUGCAACUUUCGCAGCUUCUGUGCAUCUAACGAGUUGUAAUAUUCCGGAGAGUGAAGUUUUGUCGGUUUGUUGUCUCCGUUGGGCGGCGGCCCGGAGCGGCUUCGGCUUAUUGCAUCUAAGCCAAUCAUAUCUUACCAUUGAUUGUACAAGGAAAUUUAUAGCAUCAAUAUAGGAAGAAGAUCAUAUUAAUAGUUAUCUAAUACCAAACAUGGAGCAGUUUAUUCUUCUGCUUCCAACAUAUCGACUCUAUUUACCCGUCCCAAAUAGGAAAGGGCUUCAUGAUGACUCAGCAAAAAGAAAGCUUGAUCCGGCGACGUUGAGAGAGCGGUUUUCUUGAAACUCAUCAGUAUUUCGCCCAAUUUCAUCCAAACUCAUUGAUUAAGAUUGAAAAUUGUUACAAAGUAAUCAAUAAAUUCAAAUACAAAUCAUAGCAUCUCACUAUAAGCCCUAUUGUGCCCAUAUACGAGAUAUUCGUGCACACGUGCCAACUCCUCGCUGGUUCACACCAUCCUCUUAUACGCAGUACAAAUACAGAAGAAAGGAGGCUAGAGGAUCAUAUAUAGAACUCAAUGUCGAUUGAAGAAACGACCACUCCGGGCCAACAGGCUGGUCCGGUCCAAGCAGAUUCUGGGGCCCCAACAGUCGACGCUGCCAUCAACACAAAACCGAAGCCAUUUUCAUGGAGGGACGCUCAUCCAACCUUCGUUAUUAUCUUGGUCGGACCAGAGCAGGUCCCGUUUGGGCUGCAGAAAGACUUUCUUUGUGCAAAAUGCGCCAUGUACCGUAAAUAUUUCGAAGAGAGAAAAGACGAAACGACAGUCGAACAUGUAGUCCGUCUACCAGAAGCAACAAAGAAAGUAUUCGGGCUGGUCCAGCAGUUCUUGUAUACUGGCCAUAUUAUCACAGACCCUGCCAAGGUCCCCAGCUACGAAGAGCUCGUGAGCCUAUGGUACUACGGCGAUAAGCUAGGAGUCGAAGGCUUGUGCGAACAGACGCUGGAUGCCAUGAUUGAAUGCCGCCGGAUAACACAGCGUAUUCCAGCGACCCCUCUACUCAUCAAGGUCUGGCAAGACACUCCAGAGGGAUCCUCCAUCCGCCAUCUACUGCUGUCUUGGACUGCAGAGUAUAUGAGGUCUUCAGCUGCAAGAGCUGAAUUUGCAAAGUCUUUACCGCAGGACGUGCUAAGCGAGUUGGUGGUAACAAUGGGCAAGUUUGAAGCUGCCGCCGCUGAGGCUCAACCGACGCCUCGCAAAAACGUACACUAUCUUGACGAGGCGGAUGAUGAUGAGCUCUCGAGCAACACAAGGCGAAACAGAAGAUCUUUAGGGUCUUCAGUACCAAUACAGAGAACAGAUUCGCUUACGAGGAAUAUACGAGCGCACCCUCCCAAGCAGCAGAAACGACGAUCUAGCGCUUAUGUAGAGGGCCGAGUCUUUUCGAAUGCUCAAAAACUCGAGUUUUGCGCCGAUUUACUCACAAGAAUGCUAUCAGGACCAGGAUUCUGGACUCGUCUGGUCGGGCCAUUCCGUGAACCGGUUGAACCUGAAGAAGACGGCGUGCCUGAUUACUUUAACAAGGUGAAGCGACCUAUGGAUCUGCUGUCUAUUAAACGAAAGAUGGACGGGAGAGAAUACAAUAGUGACGAAGACUUCCUGGUGGACGUUAGGCAAAUCUUUGAGAACUGCUUUCUCUACUGGAAGAAAGGUGAUGCCAUGUACGAGGCUGGAGAAAAAUUACAACGCACGUUUGAGGAGAAGUUUACCCAUAUGAACAAGUGGAUUGCCAAGAUGGGAGACGAUGACGCUGAAUAGACCACCAUGGAAGUUGGCGCAAAGUUUACAUACUGCUAGGGACUUGGGAAGGUUUAGCCUAGAGAGUUUGGCUCAGGAAGCUUUACUACCACGCUGUAUUUCGUUUAACUACUGUAUAUGCAUUGAAUAUAUGCCUAUAAUUC